AUGGAGACAACUCAGCGGUUAAGGAUCUGGCAGGGAGUAAUGUUUGUGAUUCUUUGGUCUACUUAUGGCUCCACCUACUUACUAAGAAAGCCCCUUGGAGUAGUUAAAGCUGAUCUCCAAAAGGCAUUAGAGGUCAGUGCACUCGGCUUGGGAUGGUUGGAUGCAGCCCUUCUGCUCCCUUAUGCUGGGGUGUCUCUUAUGUUUGGGUCUGUUGGUGAUCAACUGGGACCUCGAGUCACUCUAGGGGGUGGUCUCGUCAUUGCCUCAGUUGCAACAGCUUUUAUAUCUAUGUGUGAAUCAUACCCCAGUGUACUUGUGCUGUUAGCUGUCAGUGGAGCUGGCCAGGCUCUUUGCUGGCCAGCCAGUUGCACUAUGCUGGCUCGAUGGUUUUCUGAUGCAGCACGUAACUCUGUCUUUGGGGCUUUUGGCACCUGCUGUUUUGUGUUUGGCAUGGCUGGCACUACCUUGGCUGUCUACUUACGAGGCAGUUAUGGAUGGCGUGUUGUGUUCUUGCCACCGUCCUUAUUUGUAGCUGUGUUGGCCAUGUUGGUGCUGCAAUUUGGACGGGAUCCUGGGGAGCGGAGCCUCAUUGUGCCUGGACGAGCCACUGCCCCUGCGGGGACAGGCAGCGAAGUCUCCCUGUCCAUCCUGUCUGUGUGGCGCUUGUCCCUUGUACCCGAAGUGUCACUUGCCAUGUUUUGUGUUAAGAGUGUGCGUUAUGCCCUCAUGUUUUGGCUACCACUCUAUUUACUCCUCUCUCUUGACUACUCCCAAACAAAUGCUGGCUUGAUCUCCACAGCCUUUGAGGUGGGUGGCACUCUUGGUAGUGCUCUUGUUGGAGUAGUUGUGGACCGCUGGAUGGGUGGACGGGCCAUCCUCACAAGCGCUCUUGCAAUAUCUGCUUCUGCCCUGUCUUUACUAGCCUUUGUAAUGCUGGCCUCUUGGGGUCCUGUGUUCCAUGUGAUCUUCCUUGUUUUGGCUGGAGCCUUUAACUGUGGUCCAGAUAUCCUGCUUGCUGGCUCAGUUGCCGCAGAUAUUGGGGAGCAGGUCGGUGGAGCAACAGCUGUGACAGGUGUGAUCAAUGGUAUGGGGUCGCUGGGCACUGUGCUGGAAGGUCCUUUGGUGGGCUUGGUAGCUUCUACUCUAGGCUGGAAGGCCAUGAUGCCCCUCAUGGUAAUCUUGUCACUCCUAGGGGCCCUUGCGGCUUUUAGGGCAAAUAUCAUUAAUGUGCGUAGCCUUGGGUGGGUGAAGGUGUCCUCCGCUGAGGUUGCAUGAGUGGUUAAUGAACAUUUCUCCAGUGAAUGUAAUGAUUACCUUUCACCAGUGUCUACCACAAGCAGGGAAAUAGGAAUUGCCAGUUACUACUGUGAUUUGAGGCUUAAGGUUGUAAGAUAAUGUAUGAGUGGUGAUCAUUGAUCAUGUGUUUCCAUAAUGAUUGAAAGAGUGAUAAUUGAUUAAAUGUAUGUACAACAGCACACCAUACGCACACAAGACCCUCACUGCCUAGUGAGGCGGGUUGAGCACAGCUGUGCCAAGCCUCGGUACACUCUGUCACCUCCGACAUGGGAGGUGGUCUGGUCUGAGGUACAAAAGUUCAAAAUAAUUGUUAAAAUGAAUUUUCAUAUUUUUUUCACAUUUGUUGUGAUUAGCCGUAAUUGUGAAACAAUAGCACUAUUAGAUUUUUCAAUAUAUUUUCGGAUUUGAUAAAGAAUUAUAUGUCACUUGGGUAGUAAGAUUAAGGAGCUUUGUCACAGCACAUGUUUUUAUUUUUCUUCCUAGAAGGAUUAUAUAAGCCAAAGACAACAAGAGUCAUGAUGGAGUCCUGAUGAUUCUGAUGAAUAAAGCAAUGAUGCUUG